CGGAAAAACAAGUCGUACAAUAAUACCACGGUUGUCUCCCAUCUCAAUCUUUUUCACAAACUAACAAGCGAACGAACGAACGAACGAACGAACGCAGGGCAGGCCAGGCCAGGAUCAAAGUCGUUCUCCGUUCUAAAGCCAGCCCGGGAGAGUCUAUCGGGAACUAGUCCAGUGCAUCCAGCGACACCUCGUUGCGUGUGCCAGAAUUGCUUCUGCGGAGCUAGCUCUCGAACAGCGGAGAUAACUUUCACCCUUUCUCCUUUUCGUUGCAUCGCCGUACAACAGCCGCCGCCUGUCGUUGCAUUUGUGUUGUACCAACUACGAACGAGACCCGAGGAAAGCGAAGGGCUUUGCAACGAGAGUCGCUCGARGCACGAUGACGAAGCAAAUCUUGCUCAAGACACCGCGUGGGAACACUGCGGUGAUCCCCGUCGAUCACUUCGUCUCCAAAGCCAAGGCGGGAGCCACCGCAACAUCGGGAGCCAAACCGACACUCGCUUUUUCCUCGCCCGGGGAAAGACGCACGGCUUCGGUGUUAUCCAGCAGCAACUACUGCGACUACCCACACGGUCACCCCGCCACUACGGAAGCAGAGGAAGAAGCCGCCGCCAUUGCGGCGGCCCUCGACACGAGCCGAAUAUUCGAGGACGAGCACGAAUACGACGUGGAUCGGGAGAGCAAAGAAGAGCUCCUCUUCCACCUGAUCGGCGCCUCGAAGCGAAGAGAUGUGGGACGCAAACGAAACCUCCGGUCUCUCUACAACCUCGAGGUCGAAGGCGAGGACGACGGAAUGGAGAUCGAAACGGAGUAYGCCCACCAGCAUCCGCACCAGAACGAAUGYCAAACUCACAACAACGGGUGGUCGAGCAGCGACGACGAAAAGGAGCAAACGGUAGUGGCCACUCGCUUGCACGAGAUGGACAUCAAUCGAGACGACUACUACUACUACUCCGGGGCUGGCAACAGGAGAUUGUUCAAGAGCCCCCGGCGAUUCUACUCUCACUCCGGGGUCCGCAGCUCCAGUGCCGCGUUKGUUCCGACGUCACCCACUCCAGCAGUUAGAAGACGCCAGCGCGAGGAUCCAGGACUUGCUCGGCAAGCGGAUCGACCGAGCCAGCAGGGGUCUUCUCCUCCGCUGAUGGUCGCCUUUUAUCACCAGGGAAGAAAGGUGUCACUGGAUAGGAUCUGGGAUUGGAUWACCGGAUCGUCUGCUGCGAAAUCCGAGUCGGGAACAACUGAUGAUGUUGGUGUUGCARGGCGCAGCAACAGUGAAACCGCAUCUUCUUCCUCUAGCACCCCGCUGUUUCCCCUUUAUCUCACCCUCUCGACGUCCGCUCGAUUGCUGGGUGGUAUCGACCGCCAGAACCGUGUCGGGUCCAAGUUUGGGGGAGGUGGUGUCUCUUCGUCCCAGAAUUCCGAGCGGGAGCGGAAGGAGCGCCUCAAGCAGCUGGCUUUGGAAUCGAUUGAUUUGGCCAAGGACCCCUACCUGAUGCGGAAUCACUUGGGAACCUACGAGUGCAAGCUCUGUCUUACGUUGCACACGAACGAGGCCAAUUACCUGGCCCAYACCCAGGGAAAGAAGCACCAGGCGGGGCUCGCGAAACGUGCCCACAUGGAAAAACUGCGAAAAGAGCGGGAGGAACAGCUSGCCGACCGGAACAACCUGAAGCGGCCCCCUCCCGGCGGACGAUUUGUGUGCCAGCCGGCAACCACUCGCAAGGUCCCCAGGAUUGGACGACCSGCCUACCAGGUAUUCAAGUCGAAGGACCCCGAUACGUCCCAGCGAUGCCUGACCUUCGAGCUGACCUACAAGGACAUUGAGACCGAUCUGCAGCCCCGCCACCGCUUYAUGUCUGCCUUUGAACAACGGGUCGAUCUGCCUAGGGACAAGCGCUACCAGUACGUCUUGUUUGCAGCGGAACCCUACGAAACCAUCGCGUUCAAGAUUCCGAACGAGCCUCUCGACAGAGAUCCGGGACGCUURGUCACCCACUGGGACGAGGACGACAAGAAAUUCACCGUGACCCUCUAUUUUGCAGACGGAAAGGACGGGGGCCCGAGCAACGAGAACGUCACUGGUGGCAGCCACAAGGAAGCGGCCAGCAUGGAAAUAGAUGGCUCGGCUGCCGGAACGUCCGUGUUUGCCCCGGCCCUCGGGAGCCACUGAYGACCGGACCGAUUCAAAUUUUCUGCCACGAAGAAGAACAACAAAAUAAUAUAUUCAGUUAAUUACUGAUUGAUUGAAAUAGGAAUUGUCACUASCAGUAGCCAAACAAAAUUCAAAUCUGCUCGAAUGCACUUUACAAUAAUCUAUUCAAAGAAGA